UCAUCACCUGGUCUAAUGGAUCAUUACUUUCAUGAACCAUCCUCUCCUUCAUCAAAAACCCAAUAUUUAAGUCCCUCUUAUCUCUCUGCAAUUCUGCUUCUGCCUGGUCUAUCUCUCCAGAGACGAUGGAGGCCCUCAUCCAGCGGCACGGGCUCUCCCGUCCACCUUCACUCCCAAAAGCCCAGACGUCAAGGAGUCUGAAAUCUAGGCUCAGUUUCAGACCCAACCUCCCCAUAUGCAGCCUUCCAUCAUUUGAAGCCAAAGGGCUUGGAAGCUCCCUGCAAGGACUCAGAAGCAGAGGAAAGGUUCAACCCUUGAGCUCCAGGGAUGAUGGGAGACUGCAGAUUCGCAGAGCAGCAUCUGCUGGAGAGGUAUUUGCUGAUGAUGGUGGUAGUGGUAUCCAGAAGGCCAACAAAUUUUUGGGGGUGGAGGUUACCACGCUGAAGAAGAUUCUCCCACUUGGGUUGAUGUUCUUUUGCAUCCUCUUCAACUACACCAUUCUUAGGGACACCAAGGAUGUGCUUGUGGUGACAGCCAAAGGCAGCAGUGCAGAGAUUAUCCCAUUUCUUAAGACUUGGGUUAACCUCCCAUUGGCCUUUGCUUUCAUGAUUCUGUACGCGAAUCUUGCAAAUGUUCUAUCGAAGGAGGCCCUUUUCUAUACUGUUAUCCUGCCCUUCAUUGCUUUCUUCGGGCUGUUUGGCUUUGUUUUGUAUCCUCUUAGCAACUAUAUUCAUCCAACAGCUUUGGCUGAUAAGCUUCUGGCAUCCCUAGGCCCAAGAUUCCUUGGUCCAAUUGCUAUUCUUAGGAUUUGGAGCUUCUGCCUCUUCUAUGUCAUGGCCGAGUUGUGGGGUAGCGUGGUCAUCUCUGUUCUCUUCUGGGGAUUUGCUAAUCAGAUUACCACUGUUGAUGAAGCAAAACAGUUCUAUCCACUGUUCGGGCUUGGUGCAAAUAUUGCUCUUAUUUUCUCCGGCCGCACUGUUAAGUUUUUCUCAAACCUUCGCAAAAAUUUACCACCAGGGGUUGAUGGUUGGGCUAUCUCUCUAAGAGGAAUGAUGGGAAUAGUAGUGUUGCUGGGAUUUGUAAUAUGUGCAAUUUACUGGAGUGUGAACACAUUCGUUCUGACUGACCCAGCUGUGCCCAAACCUGCUGCUCGCAAGAAGAAGGAAAAACUCAAAUUGGGCGUGGGAGAGAGCAUGAAAUUUUUGCUGUCAUCGAGGUAUGUGAGAGAUCUUGCUACCUUGGUUGUUGCAUAUGGUAUCAGCAUCAACCUUGUAGAGGUUACUUGGAAAUCAAAGCUCAAGGCUCAGUAUCCUAGCCCGAACGAGUACUCAUCCUUUAUGGGUGACUUCUCAACCUGCACAGGAAUUGCUACUUUCACCAUGAUGCUACUCAGCCGGGUGAUCCUCCGUAGAUACGGAUGGGGUGUUGCUGCCAUGAUCACACCCACAGUCUUGCUCCUAACAGGAGUUGGAUUCUUCUCACUUCUUCUGUUUGGUGAACCUUUGACUCCUAUGCUUGGCCAGUUUGGUUUAACGCCUCUGCUUGCAGCCGUCUAUGUGGGUGCUCUGCAAAACAUCUUCAGCAAGAGUUCCAAGUACAGCUUAUUUGAUCCCUGCAAGGAGAUGGCUUAUAUCCCAUUGGAUGACGAAACUAAGGUGAAAGGAAAAGCUGCAAUUGAUGUGGUCUGCAAUCCUCUAGGCAAAUCUGGCGGUGCAUUGAUCCAACAGUUCAUGAUUCUUACAUUCGGUUCUCUUGCUAAUUCUACUCCCUACCUUGGAGGCAUACUCCUGGUGAUUGUCCUUGGUUGGAUCGCUGCUGCUCGUUCACUGGAUUCACAGUUCACUACUUUGGCAAAGGAAGAAUUAGUGACAGAAACAACGAAAGCGUCAGAAUCAGAUGCAAAUGGUUCAGCCUAUGCCAAAUCACAAGAAAACAGUGGAAAUGGCUCAGUUGUGGGUGAUGAAACUGAAUCUUCUGAUGUUUCUGCUCUGAAAAAACCAGCUACUGAAGGCUCUGAUAGUUCAGAGGAAACAAGGCUACCAAGAAGCUAAAGAUUUUCAUGGUCGACGAGAAUCCUGGUGAUCUUGUGGAAUGUGACUGCCUGACUGGAACGUAAUGUUGAACAAGUUGAAGAAGCGACAACCUUUAAGACGGGCACAAGUAGGAAUAACGGUAGGAAGCAGUCAUGUUCUUUUGAGAAGUAAUAAACAUGCUUUGCCGUUCACAGUUUAAUUGUGCUGCCGUCUUUGCUUCUCUUAUAUUUUUUCUUUCUCGGAAGUAAGAACAGUAAGAUGCAUUCGGCAUCUUUGAAUGAAUUGAAUUGAGGUGCUUAUCAA